ACAUGGUGCGUUAGGGUUAGGGUUAGCGUUAGCAAAGAGGAGUUGCGCAAAUUGACCGGCGGAAGUGGAACUUGGCCUCCAUUGCCGUUGAUCGCCAAAACCCCCAACAGAGAGAAUAUACGACCUGUUCUAGAUUUCUCUUUCUCUCUCUACCCCCAAAUCAUUGUAUAAUACGCAUAUGGGGUCCACUUAGACACCGUACAAAGCAAAAAAAAAAGAUAUUUUUGGUCGUCCCCACCACUACGACGACUACGGAAAUACAAAGAGUGCUUAUUACAAGUCUCAGAACUCUCUCUCUCUCUCUCUCUCUCUCUCUUUCUCUGUGAAAAACUGGUCAAAAUUAGAGAAGGGGAAAAAUGGGGUCAGUGGCCAAGAAGGGAUUGCAGCAGUAUUUGAUACAGCUUCAGCAUCAUCCCCUUAGAACUAAGGCAAUUACAGCUGCGGUGUUAUCGGCCAUCAGUGAUAUAGUUUCUCAGAAGCUUACUGGAAUACAGAAACUUCAAAUCAAACGGCUUCUUCUGAAAAUGCUUUUUGGAGCUGUUUAUCUUGGACCAUUUGGGCAUUACUUACAUCUAGCACUUGACAAAAUCUUCAAGGGGAAGAAGGAUACAAAAACAGUAGCGAAGAAGGUGCUGGUGGAACAGUUGACAUCCUCUCCUUGGAAUAACUUGCUUUUCAUGAUUUACUAUGGGUUGGUUGUGGAGGGAAGACCCUGGAUUCAAGUGAAAACUAAAGUAAUGAAGGAUUAUCCAGCAGUACAAUAUACAUCAUGGACGUUCUGGCCCGUUGUGGGGUGGAUAAAUCACCAGUAUGUACCACUGCAAUUCCGUGUCAUCUUCCACAGCUUGAUUGCAUUUGGCUGGGGAAUAUUUCUAAAUCUCCGAGCCAGAACCGUAGCAUUACCAAAGGCCAAAUGAAGAGACUAAAGCAUUCGAUUUGGCAACAAUAAUAUAGCCUUCCGUUAGGAGCAACGUCUAUUCUGCUCAUAGAUAUGUUCUCUUAAGAAACAAUGUACUAAGAAUAUUGGUUAUGGAUCUUUUACUGCGUACUUUGGAUAUUGUUAGAAUUAUUGAUGGCUUGUCUCUGUUUAAUAAUUCAGAACGAUGGGCUGGUGUGUGGUCACUGUUUAUCAUAAAUUAUUUACAAAAUCAAUGAUUUUUGUGCAUCUUUGCCCUAUAAUAAAACAACAGAAUUGUAAGCUGA